GCGACCCCGGGAACCGGACAAGCCUCUCUCCUCUUCCCCGGAGCCUCUGGAUGGCGGGUUUCUGAUAUUUAAUCACCAGAGGGCACCGGGUAACCGGUUUAACAUGGAGCACUUGACUCCUGCUGCCAAGGCAGGAAUGGCACACCUGGGUGUGUGUUUUGCCAGUACAGGUGCCUCUCCAGUGAUUCUGAGGACAGUGCAGAGGCACACACCAUUUCGCCAGACUUCAGCUAGACGGAAGAUUCCUAGAACGGACUUGCCAGUAGAGAAUGCAGAGCAGAUUGCAGUGUUGCUGCAAAAACAAUGGCGUCUGUAUCACGUAACUCCUCUGUACAGAUUCUCCUACACCAUGCUGAAGAAAUACUCAAACGAGCUGUCGGUCUUCAUUGCUACUGAGAAGAAAAAGGGGGUGGCAAUUGAAGUGGGAAUCGAGCUUGCAAGUAAGGCUAAAUUCUCCAUGCUUGCAGGCCUCCGAGCUACAGAGAAUGAUCCAGAGGCUGUCUUCAUACAGAUAACGGCAAAAACUCCAGUCCAUCAGGCAGUUGAUGAGAAAGUGGUCUGGUCUGGGUGGAUGUGUUGUGUCGACGGAGACUUGGGCUUCCUGGAGUCACUCCCAAUGGAGUUUAUCUGUCUACCUUUGCUUUUUGCCAAUGGCCCUGAAACAGUUACAACCAUGGUAGGGGAAUGGUUGCAGAAAACAUUUGACUGCUACAUCAGUGCCUUCCCCAUCAGUUCGGAGAACCUGACCUGGAUGGCUGCCAUGUGGGCCAAUUGCUUCUCAGACUCUGUCCAUCGUGUGAUGGAAUUGGAGUGGUCUGUGCCCCCUGUGCAACUGACCAUUUCACUGAGUAUUCACCCAGAGGACGCUAAAGCACUAUGGGACAGCAUUCACGGAGAUGAGGACGAAAUCACCAUUGAGGAGGUGGAGCUGUUCAUGAGCAGCCUUCAUUCACAUUUCUACAGGCAUUUUGGGGUGCGACUUGCAGCUACACAGCUGAUAAAGGUGUCAACAGCUGUAGCCUCUGCUCAUUGCGAUGGGAAAUUAAAGCUGUUCAACAGCAAGCAUAUCGACCAUGUGCUGCCAUUCCUAACAGAGCUGGCUUUUCAUCAGAUACAGUACCAACCACGUCUCUGCAACAGUAUGGAUUAAAAUUCACUGGAUCACAAACUUUUGAGUUUUCCUUGGAGCCCAAAGAUAAGGGGUGACAUUAUUCCUGCUCUGAAAACAACCAGUUAUUAGGCUGAAUCACGGAUUUUUGGAUGUACAGGAGGGGAAAAAUGGAUUUGAGAGCUGCCAGAAACAUUAAACUUUUCUGCUGACUUGACUGCUUCCUAUGCCACCAAAUGAAAUUUUAUCUGUGCUGCUAUAACCAGAUUCUGUCAGCCUCUGACUGUUUUGAGAUGUGAACUGAAUGGACCAUAUCCUAUUUUUUUAAUAGUAUUGCACAAACUCUUCAACUUCCUGCUUUCAUACCUCUGUCGAGGCUUGCAAUAAUAGUUUGUGCUCAAUGAAUUUUACUCUUCGGAAUAUUAUCCCAUUUUUUGUACCACCUUGUAAGCAUCAAAAGGUAAAAUUACUAAUUUGUUUUAAAAACAAAUUACUUAAUCUAACCCACUGGGAAUUUGUGUUCGUACAAAUGGUCAUCCUCAUGUUGUUGAGCAAAACAACCUAGAGAAAUCUAUUAUCUUAUCUGAAGAUGUUAGUGACCUUUAAUAAAGUAUUAGAACCUAAAUUAAGCAGUGAAUUUACGGUAUAGAAGUGAGUAAAGAACUUGGUGUCCUUGCAUAUGAUGUGUAAAUUAUCUCAGUACAUGAAAAAUAAAGUUUGUAAACAGUACAAAAGUUGGCCAUUUGGUUGAUAAUGAAGAUAGUUGUAGACUGCAGGAAGGUAUCAAUGGACUAGUUAAGUGGGCAGAACAGUGGUAGAAUUCCUUUGUUGAUUCCUUUGUCUUCAAGUCACUCACUGGUCUCCCACCUGCUACUUCAGGACGAUUUUCACAUGAUGCAGAUCACAGCAGAGAAGUUGGCCAUUUGGUUUUUUGUGCCAAUGCCAGCCUGUGCUCAUGAGACAUUUUAUAACAAAACCAAACUUUAAAGAUAAUA